AUGUUUCGAAUACUCGAAUCGCAAGCGCCGGCAAAGCAGACGGCCACUGAUGCAAUCAGCGUACUAUCGAACAGACUACAAAGCGCAACUUUACUGGAGGACCGUCGAGCAGCUGUACUUGGGUUACGGAGCUUUGCGAAAAAUUACCCUGCCAGUGUGGCUUCUGGGUCGCUUCGAGACCUUAUUGCAAGUGUCCGAAAAGAUGCUGAAGAUGUGGAUACUUUGAAAGUGGUGUUGGAGACAUUGUUGCUAUUAUUCUCUCCUGAUGAGAACAGCCCUGAAGCUUCAGAAGAGAUUGUACUAUGGCUUGCAGAUGAAUUCACCCAGCGUCAAGACAAUAUCACAGCUCUACUCGACCUCCUCGAAACCAAGGACUUUUACUCCCGGCUAUAUGCUUUGCAAUUGAUUUCAGCUAUAUGUGCGGCCCGACCAGAUCGAACCCAGGAAUGCAUCUUUACCGCUCCGCUGGGCAUUUCGAGACUAGUGAACGUACUAUCGGAUGUUCGAGAGCCGGUUAGAAACGAGGCUCUUGUUCUUCUUAUUGCUCUCACUCCCUCGUCAGCCGAGUUACAAAAGCUUGUUGCGUUCGAAAACGCAUUUGACCGUAUCUUCGACCUCAUUGAAGCGGAAGGGUCGUUAUCACAUGGAUCUGAAGUAGUAGUGGAUUGCCUCUCUCUGCUGGCAAACCUACUGCGACUCAAUGUUUCGAAUCAAACCUACUUCAGAGAAACAGGAUGUGUCAAGAAACUCGCCGCCCUGCUUACGGAUGUGACAAACCCGCCAGAACCGGAAGAAGAACUGCCAGCAUGGUCGACAGCGCGGCGAGAUAAGAAUCUAUGGGGACUGCUAGCGAUUAUCCAGUUGUUCCUUGUUAAGGGCGGGAUACUGAAGACAAACCAGACGGCUUUUUGGCAAGCAGGAAUCAUGGAAAAGGUGCUGCUCGUUGCCUUCAGUAAGGACUUCGAUGUCCCUGUCAUUGCAAAGGCUUUAGAGACCUGCGCGGGUUUGAUUCGCGGAAACUCAUCGUUGCAAGAGAAAUUUGCAGAUGUCGAAGUAACUUGGAGUACUGAAUCUGCAGCCACGGAAGCGACGAAUGGCAGUUUGAAACUCAAUAAUCCUGUCCAAAUUAACGUUAUUGAAGCUUUACUUAAAUUGACGCUCGAACCGGCACCAGUUUACGCACUAGAAGCUCGACUCGCAGCAUGUGAAUGUAUCCAAGCUUUCUUUGCGAAACACAAUGGCAUACGUCUACAUUUCCUGGGACGUGCUAUUGACGGUCACAUGAGCGGAAACGAUCAGAUACCUAACAUAUUGACGACCCUACUAGAGACUCCAGAGUCUCGUACAAGAGUUGAUCCCUACGGUAACUGGAUCGCUUCGGUUCUGAUGUUCCACUUAUUAUUCGAAGAUCCGGAAGCCAAGGCGCUUGCCCUCAAGGUCACGGAAGGAAAUGCAGAAAAGGGCGAAGAAGUCGUUACAUGUAUCCAGACAAUAGCCGGCAACUUGACCACAGGCCUACAGAGGGGUGAUGAUGAACGGAUUUCCGUCGCAUACUUGAUGCUCUUGUGUGGCUGGCUAUUCGAAGACCCAGAUGCAGUGAACGAUUUCUUGGGAGAGGGUAGCAUCAUCCAGUCAUUGAUCCGUGAGAUUAAGCAGAGUGGUGUUGGCAAUAUUCUUGUUCCUGGUCUAUCCUGUGUUCUGUUGGGUAUCAUUUACGAAUUCUCUACAAAGGACUCUCCUAUUCCAAGAGAGACACUUCAUAACUUGCUCAAUAGCGGGCUGGGCAGGGAACAGUACAUUGAUAAGAUAACCAAACUUCGAGAGGAUCCUCUAGUUCGAGAUUUUGAGGUUUUACCACGCACAGGCAGAGGUGAUCAUGAUGGGACCCUUCCAGGCAUCUUCUUCGAUGCCGUCUUUAUAGAGUUCCUGAAGGACCAUUUCAGCCACUUCCUGCGCGCAAUCGACCGCGAGCCUGGGUUGGAGGUCCCAGUCAUGACUAAUGGUGUCCAGAAGGGUAUAUCCCGGGAAUUAGUUGAUUCACUUCGGGCACAAGUCGAGCAAAACAGCCAGACUAUACAAAAAUUGGAACUGGAUUUGCUGAACCUGCAACAGAAGCUAGAGCAAGAACAGCUGGAUCAUCGACGAACGAAGGAAUCCACAAGCCAUGAGAUGGCUCGCAUCAAGAAUAUCAACGAGGGCCUGCAGAAGAAUCAUGAAGUAGAAAUUUCGCGAUUGGAGGAAUAUUACAAAGGGUUGAACGACAGUCUUCAGAAGAAUCAUAGGAUGGAGCUGUCGAAAUUGGAAGAGCAUCACCAGCAGGAACUGUCGAAACUGGAAGAUCGCCACCAGCAAACCAUCUCGAGCUUGCAGAAAGAUCAUACUUACGAAUUGUCAAAGUUGGAAGGCCAACACAAACAAGGACAAAAUGAUCUACUAAAGCAGCAUGACGAACAGUUGCGAGCGAUUGAUAGUCAGCUGAAAGAUACUACUGCAGACUACGAACGAAAUAAUGCUAGGUUACGUCAGCGUCAUGAGGACGAGGUGGCCGGUUUCAAGAAGUCUAUCUCUGAUUUGGAAAGAAACCUUAAGGCAUCUAGCAAGGAUCAUAUGCAAGAGCUAGAGAAAAUACGAGACGAGCACUCGACUAGAUACGGCGACUUUGAAAACAAACUCAAGCAAGCUACUAAGAGAGCAUCAAAAGCUGAAAAACGUGCCCAAGCCUUUGAAAAGGAACUCUCGGAUGCCAGGGAAGCUGCGCAAAAAGCAGAGAAGAGGGCAACAGAAGCAGAAACCGCGCGAAAAGAAGCUCAGAGUGAAUUGGAGGAUCUUCUCAUCGUAUUUGGUGACUUGGAGACGAAGAGAAAACAAGAAAAGCAACGCCUCAAAGAACUCGGUGAAGAAGUGUCAGAAGAUGAGGAUGAGGAGGGCGAUGACGAGGACGAGGAAGAAGAUGAUGAAUAA